UGCAGGUAACCGCAACAACAAAACAAGCCAGUUCAUAGGAAUUUCUUACUCCAUGAUCAUACAUGUAAAGAAAUACAAGCGCGAUAAAGGCGCGCAUAAGUGGAUAUAAUUACUGUCUUAUCGUUUAACUAGACGCAGUAGUGUAGCGUUUCCAGUGGUAACGAUAGUAAUCUUCCUGUGUCCGGCGUUAUUUGCUACGGAAAAAAGGACGAUUUACCGGCGACCAUAGCCGCAACCUUUUAUCGGCGUCCGCUUCGUUAGAUCGUGCCCGUGUGCAGAAGUAACAUUAAUCAUCAUUCCGUGCCGACAGCAAUGUUUGGUACAAUUUGUCGCCUGUGUUUCAAAGAGCUCGAUCCGGAUGAUCCGGACAUACACUCUAUUCUGGAGAAAGGCAUUCAAAAGGCAUUGAAAACCGUGUUCCCGUUCGAAAUAUGGUUUGCCGAGGACUUGCCUAUGUACACCUGCAAGCAGUGCUCGUGGAACGUGUUGGACUUCUACUGCUACAGCGAGCUUGUGCAAAAGAAUCAGGAAACAUUGGAAAGCAAACUUUUGCAAGAACAAAAAGUAGCACAAAAAUGCUACGACAUGGAGACGACGGACAAGGAAAAUGCUGCACCAAACAUUGCCUUCAAACCGGAAAUGCAGUUACCCGAUACAAAUGUAGCGGACGAACAUUUAAUAAUCUGUAAGACCGAACUGGACGAUGUGUUGGUGGCGAACGAGCUGCAUCCAGAUUGGAUGGAUUAUUCAUUCGAAUACUUUAACCAUGGCAAUACAAGCAUCACGUGUGAGGAGUACAAAAUCACUGCCGAUGUGUACGACAACGCGACGGAAAAUUGCGAACCAGUUCCCGAAGACAGACAGACCAUCGUCGCACAGGAACGUGAGGAUGAGGAAAUGAAUACGAAACAAAUGCCAACAGCCGGGCGUGCGAAACAAAAACGCAAAAGAAAGGUCGUUAAAAAAUCCCACACUUCCACGUCGAUUAAGGUAAACGCAAAACGACGCACUGCAAAGACCAACGAAAGCGAGUUGUCAUGUCCCGAAUGCGAUAGAACAUUUCCGAACCUAAGCAGCCUACGAAACCAUGAAGUUUGUCAUGUGUAUGAUACGUGUGUGGUCUGUAAAAAAAGUUUACGGCAGAAGAGUAUGCGUAAUCAUAUGUUAAGGGCGCAUUCUACAGUGAACAGAAGUCAGGAAAAACAAAACAAUUAUCCAAUUGGUAGCAAACAAAAAAAGAAAUCAAUUGCUUCGGUUCAAAAGACGUGAGACCGGCAUUUUUGAAGUAGGGAAGCAUACGCAGGUACGCCCUUCGGUGACUCUUUUUGCGAAUGAAAUAAAUAAUCCACAGAAGAUAGGCUACCCAGUUGAAGGACUUUCCACAACCGAUGCUCAAAAAUCCACCUUUGUUGUAGUUUGUAUGGUAAGACGAGAAUGAAUGUAAUAAAACAAAGUACAAAAUGGUGGGGCAGGCAGUAAUUAUAAAUGCUUAAAUGUCUAUUUCAAAGUAUUUUUUUUAUUCACGAUGGUUAUCAGAAGAAGAUUUCAGAUUAGACCGAAUACGGUAUCGGAUCCCGUCCCGACCGUCUCCUCCUAUGGUACAUACAAUAUCCUGUCACGUUUACAAUCAAGUCAAGAAAGCCGAUAUUUAUAGGCCGAUAUCUCUUCGUUUGCUUUAAACUUUAACUUUUAACAAUGUGGCCUGGCCGUAUUGCCUUCAACUAAUAUACAAUAUAAUAUGCAAUUUA